AUGACGCCACCGGUGUUGACUCCGAAAUCUUCAAUUCUGAUCAUCGGAGCUGGAACAUGGGGUUGCUCGGCUGCCCUUCAUUUGGCUCGGAGAGGGUAUGAAAAUGUUCAUGUCCUCGAUCCAUUCGAUGUGCCUUCACCUAUUGGUGCGGGCAAUGAUGUUAAUAAGAUCAUGGAGCAUAAGGAGAUCAAAGAGUCUCAUAAAGAUGCUCGAAGCGUCGCCUUUGCUACCUGCACUCGAGCAGCAUUGAAGGGUUGGAAAACAGACCCAGUCUUCUCUCCAUUUUUCCACGAGACAGGCUUCAUAGUUUCGGGGAGCACAUCCGAAAUCAUCGAGCACAUCAAAGAGAACGAGAUCGACCCGUUACAGGGCGAUUUUGUAAGCCUCGAGACUGCUGAAGAUUUUCGCAAGACAAUGCCACCUGGUGUUUUGACUGGGCAGUUCCCCGGAUGGAAAGGAUGGUUCAGUCAGAAAGACGCGGGAUGGAUCCAUGCUCGCAAGGCAAUGGUUUCGGCGUACACCGAGGCGAAAAGACUAGGUGUUAAAUUCACGACAGGCACUCCAAACGGCAAGGUCGUGGCUCUCAUCUACAAGAAUGGGGAUGUGACUGGUACCCAAACUGCAGAUGGUACUAUUCACCGUGCGGAUUAUACUAUUCUAGCGGCUGGUGCCGGAUCUGACCAGCUCCUUGACUUCAAGAAGCAGCUACGGCCCACCGCUUGGACUCUAUCUCAUAUACCCAUGACACCAGAGGAGGCUCAAAAGUACCGCAACCUGCCUGUACUUUUCAAUGUCUCCAAGGGGUUCUUCAUGGAGCCUGAUGAGGAUAAGCAUGAACUGAAGAUAUGCGAUGAGCACCCUGGAUACUGCAAUUUCGUUACAGACUCGCAAAACGCAGGCGAGGCCUUUCUCUUUGCAAGAAUCUGCUGGGAUGCUGAUACUGUCGAUCGGGCAUUCCUCAUUGAUCGGCACCCUGAAUAUUCUUCUCUUGUGGUGGCUGUGGGCGGUUCUGGGAACGGAGCUAUGCAGAUGCCAUCAAUUGGUGGGUUUAUCGCCGAUGCAUUGGAAGGGAAACUGCAGGAAGAACUGAGAACAGUUGUCCGCUGGCGACCGGGAAUUGCCAUUGAUCGGGAUUGGAAAUCUACACAGAAUCGCUUCGGUGGUUCUGAUAAGUUGAUGGACUUUCAGGAUGUCAAGGAAAAUGAGUGGACCUCCAUCGCGAAUGGGGAAUCUAAGCUUUAA